GGACCCGAGAGGAGAUGUAGAAAUGAUAAAGUACUCGAGCAUUCCCCUCUCUCACCAAUCCCAUAUCUCUCUCAACCUGUGAUACUCUUCAGCCGACGUCAAAAUGCCAGACUAUUCUCUUCUCGCCAUUCCGGUCUACACGAUCAUGGCCAUUAUUCCUCAUGCUUAUGCCAUCUCCACCGUCUCGAAGCAGACGCAGUGGUCAAACGCAAACGGCAGAGGCGAAAGCAAUGUCCAGCACCUGAAGAAGACUCUCCCCGCCGCCGUCUUCGCAACCUACGAGCGUGCUGAAGCUGCACACAAGAACAGCUUCGAGAGCAUGCCUCUGUUCAUCGCAGCUACUCUUUCUGGUGUCUUUGCCGAAAAGCUUACAAGAACCGACGUUGGCAAUGCCCAAUUCUCUGCUGUCUUCUUGGGUAUCAGAGCACUGUACACCAUUCUCUACAUCAACACAUCUUCGGAGAAGUACAGUCACGCUCGCUCCUUGACAUGGACAGCAGGUCUGGCUCUCUGCUUCUACCAGAUCUACAAGGCUGCUGUUGCCCUUGCCUAAAGG